GCUAUCCAAUAUGGCGCUGUCCAUGAAAAUUUUCCAGUUUAUCGGAAUAUACAAUUUUACAAUAACAUUUCACAUUUUAAGAUAAAAACAAAGCAAAAAAGAUGAGCAUAAAAGCUUUCGAUUUGGUUCCUGCCAUUGAGCGGAUCAAAUUGAUGUCCGACAAAGCCAAAACACAGAUUGAAUGUUUUGAUGUAUGUGGUAAAAAUCUAUACAUAGGCACAAAUGAUUGCUUUGUUAUUCAUUACAAUGUUGAGGAAAGGACAGUAGGAAAUGGACCAAAGGUUGUUUUCCAUAAUGAGAAACAAGGACACAAAUACUUAGCUGUGAAAAAGCCUGUAAUACAGAUAAAAGCUGCCUCAGCUCUAAACAGAAUCAUGGUGUUAAUAGAUAAUACAUUGUCAUUACUUAAUAUGUUUGAUUUAGAGCCAAUUAUGACUGGUGCCAAAGUAAAGGGAGUUACCUACUUUUGUAUAAAUGAAAAUCCUACAAAUGGAAAUCCAUUUAGUAUAGAGAUAUGUGUAGCAUUAAAGAAGAAACAGAUACAAGUGUAUACUGUUACAGAAGAUAAAUUGAUGCAUGUUAAAGAUGUCCAUAUAUCAGAACCUGCUAUUUCUGUGGGUGUGGAUGGAAGCUUUGUUUGUGCAGCAUUAUUGUCACAGUAUUGUAUGAUUAACUAUGAGACAUCCCAUACACAAGAUCUUUUCCCAUUUGAUUCAGAGCACAGUAAACCUCUCAUUAAAAGAAUAAGUAAGGAAGAAUUUCUGUUAAGUGGACCUAGUGCUUUGGGAAUGUUUGUGACAUCUGAUGGUAUAUCACAACGACCUCCAUUACAAUGGUCAGAGAAUAUUGUCAGUAUGACCUAUGUCCAUCCAUACAUUGUUGCCAUGAAUGAUGAGUUCAUUACAGUUCAUAGUAUAUUAGAUCAACAACAAAAACAGGCUAUUCCAUUUCAAGGUGGUACAUAUUUAGGGAACUUUGAUGGAAAGUUAUUUGUAGCUUCAGGUAGAGAAAUAUAUGCUUUAGUUCCUGUAGCAUGGGAAAAACAGGUUCAAGCAUUAUUGGGUGACAAGAGAGUCACAGAGGCUUUAGAAUUAGCUAAAAAUGCAAAUAAGGCAGGACUUACUAGGGACAAAUUCUUAAAGAUAUUUAAGAGAUUUCAGCAACAGGCAGCUUUUAUAGAAUUUUCUGAAGGUCAUUUAGAGGAGGCUAUGGAUCUGUUUAAAAAUAGUCAGGUUGAUGUUAGAGAGGUUAUAAGUUUAUAUCCUCGUCUUUUACUAUCAAACUGUAAUUUUACCCGGUCAGUGCCACCCCUUCAUGAGAUGGCUGAUGUUAACCAGUUAUCAAGAGGGAAAGAAGAUCUGUUAAAGGAAUACAAACAGUUUCUAUGUACAUACUUAGCUGAUAUUAAAGGCACAGGAACGGGAUAUAAACAGGAAAUAGAUACAGCAUUGUUAAAACUAUAUGCUGAAAUAGACUCUCCCGAAUUGAUUCCACUUAUAGCUGUAGAUACUGGUUGUGAUUUAAAAGACUCUGUUGAGUGGUUAGAUAAAUACAGACGAUAUAAUGCUCUAGGAUUGUUAUAUAAAGUACAUGGUGAACAUGAUAAAGCUCUGGCUCUCUGGGUCAAAAUAUGUAAUGGUGAAGUAGAAGAUGAAUCAUUUGAAGGCAUUAAUUUUAUUAUAGAAUACUUAGCUAAUUUAAAUGACCAUGAGUUAGUUUGGAAAUAUGUUGAUUGGGUACUGUCUAAAGAUCAAGAAAAUGGAGUCAGAAUAUUUACAGACAGACCUACAACUGAGCCCCCUUCAGAGCGGAUGAGACCAGAUACUGUGAUUGACUACCUCCACCGAUUCCCUAUAGCUGUGAUAACCUACCUUGAAUAUUUAGUGUUUCAGAAAAAAUUAGAGAAAGAAAAAUACCACACCCAUUUAGCUGUAUUAUAUUUAGAUGCUGUGCUACGACUCAUCAAAACCAAUAAUGUAAAGAAAGAAGAAAUGGAUAAGGCUAGAUCGAAAUUACGUUACAUAUUACAGAUGUCUAAUCUGUACCGAAUACAACUGAUACUGGGUAAAGCUAAAGAAACAGAAAUGCAUGCAGAAUGUGCAAUACUGUAUGGAAAGUUAGAAGAACAUGACAAAGCCUUAAGAAUACUUGUACAUAAAUUAAAAGACUUUGGUGCUGCUGAAAAUUAUUGUCUAGUCAACUCUCAUGGCAAAGAUUCUUCUUUUCGUAAACGAUUAUUUCACAUACUACUUAGUGUAUACUUAGAUCCUUCCAAUGAACAAAAAGAUUCUUUAGUCAAACCAGCUGUAGACUUACUUAACAGUAAUGUAGCUGAGUUUGAUACUGUCAAAGUUUUACAAUCCUUGCCAGAGAACUGGUCUGUUAGUUUAGUUUCUCAAUUUUUAAAUCGUGCAAUACGGAAAAGUAUGAACAAUAGUCGGACUACUCGAAUAGAAAGAAUGAUGUCAAGGGGAGAGAAUUUACAAGUGAAACAAAAUAUAAUAGAAAUUCAGAAGGAGUUUGUUACUAUGAAUGAUGACAGAAUGUGUGCUGUAUGUAGCAGGGCAUUUAAUGACACUGCGUUUGUACGAUAUCCCAACGGUGUUGUAACUCAUGUGCAUUGUGCUAAAAAUAAACAUAUAUGUCCAGUAACAGGAAAACUGUUCAGUACGAAACGUUCCUGACAUGAUCCUAUAUCUACAGUUUAUACCAGUGAUAAACAGAGUAAAUUGUUGAUAAAAGAUUUUUUCAUCAUCAGCCCAUGGUAUACUUGUUCUGUGAGAAAAACUUUUUGUGUGUGUGGUGUUUUUACUUGCCAACAGUGAAAUUUUGUUGUAUAGAGGAAGUGCAUCAUGUUUAAGUACAUGUAUAUCAAAAUGUAACCUGAAUUAAUGUCAUGUAUGUCAAAUGUGCUCAUUAUACGGUUGUUUGUAACUCAUACUGCCACAUCAAGCCUUAAAACAUGUUGUACCACAUUUUGCUGUAUAAUGUUAAAGACAUUCUUAUCAUACCUUUAGUGUAUGAUAUCUUGAUUUUCUGCUUAAUAAAUUCUGUUCUAGUGGACUGUCCUUUAAAAUAUCCUGUGCAGACCAUUUUUUUGGGGGGGGUUUGAAAAUUCUAUUUAGAUUGGUGAAUCAAAAUAAACUCUAAGCUUGAGUCUCCCACUCCGGCAGGAGUGUAAAAUAAGAUAUUUGACUAAAGAUAGUUCAGAUUUAAAAUUUGUUUGCCUUGUUUCUCCAAAUCAGCAUUAGGGGGAAAAAUUGAUUUCAAUUGAUAUGAUAAAUGUAUUUAUGAAUAAAGACGCAGGGUUUAUAUAAAUGAGACAGAAAUGCAACAACAGGACAAAAUAGAAAAAAAAGACAUAAAGAGGUUUUAAACAUAUUGUCUUCAAUAAUAGGUCGUUGUUUAAACAACCCCUAUUUAUGAGUAUUGAUGGGAUAAUUGUAAAUUAGUCAUUGACAACAUCUUGAUAUUUCAACACAGUGGUUUUUAAUGACAACCCUCCGAGUUUUGAUUUAUCAUAUUGUAGUAGCCUAAGGACCUAUAUUCUAAAUAGAAAUGAACAUAAAGUAGCAAUUUUCUUUCUGUCAUAUUAUAAAUGAUGAAUUAAAUCUAUGGUUUUAUAUUGAUUUUUUUUUCUAUAUCAGUACCAAAAAAAACAAAUCUUGAGAGGUAGGGCAAAUAUAUUUUAUCUAAUGAGGGACGUAAAUGGUUUCUUGGGGGAAUAUUUUUUGUUGAAAUGUUUGUACAGGAUUUCUAAUGCAGUUAAUGAAUGCUUAAAGCAGGCUUGAAAAAAAAUAGCUUUUUUAAAAGUGCUUCAAUAAUUUUCUUUAACAAACUUUCUGAAAGGUUUUGUAAUAUAAAAUACAAAUAAGGUUUGAUUUUGGUUGAUUUGACGAGUUUGUUUAAUUAAAAGCAGUAUUUUUUAGGUUUCCAUAUUCAUUGUUGGUUUAUCUUCUAAGUUUUAUCACAAUAUUAUGACCCAUCAAAAGCAGAUAAAGGUGUUUUUUUUUUUGUGCAUCUCAAUAUUAAACAUUUUAGAGAUAUAACCUUUUGUUACAUAAUAAUUUGUGAUCAUUAGGGGUUUACGACAAGAAUUCUAAGUACCUGGUGACUGGACCAAAAUAUUCGAAAUUUGUAGACAAUGUUAUGGACAACAAAAAAUAGGGCAAGUUUAAACUGUACAUGAUUAGUCAACAAUAUUUGAAAUAGUUUGGUGUUUUUUUUUUUGUCCAUUUGACAGAAGUCAUUUGACCUUGACGGAACUUUUGAUAGUAGGUUUUCUCACUGUAAAAUUUAUUUUUCAUAUAAAGUAUUAUUAGUACCACAAUAAUGCUGCUGCAAACAAAAAACUUAGAUAUCAUGAAAAUUAAUACAUUUACAGUGCAUGCACACACAUUAUUUUUACAUAUGGUUUACAUAUGAUGACUUUAACUUUCAAAAAGAUUGCAACAACCGUAUAUUUAUGUGAAACUGAAUACCAACAUUUCACCAAUAAACCCUAGUUAAGGUUGCAUAUUUUGUUAGCUCAAAAAACUGUAAUAUAAUGGUAGAAGAGUUCACCAUCCUAUCAGACAGAAUAUCUGUCUAUAAAGGUUUAUUAUAAGUUAACUCUUGUUUAUACAAUUCAAGUAUUUGUUUUUACUUUUUUGUAGCAACAAAUCUUUUCACAUUUUUAAAACUAGUCACUCAAAGUGAUGUUGAAAUGUUAGUGAAUAAAUACUAUGGAUGUGAUGUUAUGAUGUAAACUUUUAAUUGUUUUGUUAAAUAUUUGUUAGAUGAUAUUAGGCAGUGAAGUGAUGUUUAGAAUUUUUGAAUCGAUGAAAUUCCAAAUGGUCUGCAUAUAAAAUGAAAGUGUCAUAAUUUCUAUUCCCAAUAUCAAAACAUGACAUUUUGAUGAAUCUGGAAUGAUAAUACAGGGUUUUGCUGUCAUGAAAAAACACAACCUAGACACCUAGUUUUGACUUGCUAUUAAAAGAAUGCUUUUUAUUCCUUCACAUGUCAGGUUGACUUAUACAUAACUGCUGUUUGUCUUGCUCAAAUUACCCCCUUUCAUUAAUAUAUUUUAUAUUACAGUAGAUCGCAUCACCAAGUACUUGCCGUUAAUGCUAAUUUCCAUAACUUUUUCUAUUUCAUUACAAACUUUUAUGCAACAAAUUUACAUGUUCAAAUUUCCACCGACAUCGGGGUAGCCUACAGCUAGAAUUUUUUGAAUUGAUAAAGGAAUUGAUGAUAUGAAAUAUUCAGAAAAUUUUCAUGGCAGUGAUCAUCAUAAUACUUAUAUUUUAUAUAAUUAAAAUCAUGUCAUUCAUCAGUUUGAUCACUCAUUCAUAAACUUUGCCAUCUUGAACAGAUGGUUGUUGGUAAUUUUGUAAUCUUACCGGUAACAAAUAAUUGAUGUCUGAUGUCCUGCCAGCCAUGACCUUAAUAAGAUAGACCAUUUUGGUAUCUGGGGUACAGGCAAAAUAUAGGGCCCAAUUUCUUAGUUAUGCUCAAAUAGCUUUAGAGCUUUUAAGGUGUUAUAAGGGUGAUUUCUCUGGUUGGAGUCUGUUUAGGAAGAAGGUAGUAUGCUGUAGAUAAGUUUUUAGCCAUAAAAAUAUUUUUCUGAUUACCUGCUAAAUAUGUUGAUGAAUAAGUACUGAGUAUUGGAGUUUUGAAUGGUGAUGCAUUCAGGGAUCUCCAUUGAUGAAAAUUGAAUUAUUUAGAUGUUUUUAUUGUCUAUUUUUAUCAACAGUUAAAAUGGGGGAUAUAAAUUUGUUAAAAUAAAAACCCUCUUUGGAUAUGGGUGGAAUGAAGAAACCUUCUGUGGAAAUGAAUGGAUAAAAUGGAGGAAUCUUCUUUGGAAACAGAAACAAAAUGACUGCUUUGGGGCUUAUUUCAGGAUUCUUUUCUAAAUUAUUAUUGGAGGAGCCAAUGCAGACCUGUUGCAUAAAAUGCAUUUAUAGUUUAUAUGUGUGCCAAAUCAUCACUUAUUACGCAUAAACUAAUAUCAACAAUCUAAUAAUAGUUUACCAUUUAUUUUGUAAUUUUACAUAUGAUGGACAUAAGAAAUCACAGUUAUGUUUGGAUUAGGGAGCUACCAUUUAAUUUUUAUGGGGGCUAGGAUGAAAUUUGAAAAAAAGGCAGGAUGAGCAACUUGGCAAAAAAAAGGCAGGAUGACAAUUUAUGUAAAAAAAGUCAGGAUAAACUAAUAAAAAAAAGGCAGGACCGAAUAGAGUGAAAAAUAAAAAGGCAGGACAGAGAUUAAAACUAAAAAAAAAUGCAGGACAACAUUUUUCAUCCUAGCCCCCCCCCCCCUAAAAAUCAAAUGGUAGCUCCCUUACAGCAUGAAAACAAGUGUAAAUGUGUAAUAUUCUGACUUUUUUAUUCAUGUAAUUUCAAAGUCUACAAAUAGUGUGACAUAUGUUUAACAGUUACACAAUGUGACAAGUGUUUAACUAUUACACAAUGUAUCUUCAUAAAAUAUUUUAUUUUAGGUAUAUCAUUUAGUGCAAUAUUGUCAGAAAUGACACCUUAUCUAUCAUUGUUUAAUGUCUUAUAAAUCAAAAACAUUUUAAUGGCAAUACACAAUAAAAUUGUCAUUAUCAAUUUGUUUUUCUUUUAUUGUUAAUUUGUUGUUUAGUAUGAUGUGUGUAUCAUUGCCCUAUUACAUCUCUAAGCUGUGUAAAUAGUUUAUAAAUGUUGGUCAGUGACAUUAAUUAUUGUAAACAAUGUCAGGUCAUUC